AUGAUUUAUAGCAUACCACCUGCUGGCAGCCAUAAUCAUGUCACAUGUUGCAACAGUGGUAAGACACUGAAUGUCAUGACAACAACAUGGCUGGGAAUAUGUUUGAAUCUAUUCAUUUCUAAAAACUAGACCCUUAUUGCACACAUUGGACACAGUUUCUUUUUUUGAAUGAUUUUAUUCAUUGUUAGUGGGAUAUAGAUAAAUAUGUAGACCACUGUUUGUUUAUGAUGCUCCUCUUGUUUGAUCGCAGUGGGAAUCGAACCCACGACUUUUGGUUUUCUUACCGACUUGACCCCAUGCAUGUAUGGCUCAGUUGGUAGAGCAUUGGACUAGCAAACCGAAGAUCGCGGGUUCGAUUCUCACCGCUGUCAAGCAAACUCUUCUGCUUGCCCGGUGUGAACACACUCAAAGUAGCAUCAGUACCAGUGUAUGCGACACCUUAUAAUAAUACAAUGUUCUACCUAUCAGGAUGCUAGCAUGUGUAUAUUUUAUUUCUAUUAAUAUUUUCACACUGAGAACAAUAAAAUGCUGACAUUGCAUUAUUUGAUGAUUGUAGUUUGAUAUCUUAACAGCCAAAUCAUUCUUGAAUUCCUGGGUGUAUUCCUGCAAAAACAUGCAAUAAUUAUAAACAAAAUUAUACAUAUUCUACAAUAAUUAUAAACCCAAUGCCCAACCCCAUCACUCCAUCUCCCUGUCAGGUGCACAAAUCACCAUAAAUUUGUUGUUACGAGAGAGAAUACCGAGCACUGUACGCCCAACGGAUAUUGACGGUGUUUCACAAGUUACCAUCACGGUUGAAUUCCCGUCGAGAACUGUACGAAAAGAGCUAAGCACAGAACUAUCAUCCAUUGGUACUGCCCUUGUAUUUGGAGCAGAUGGUCGUAUAGCUCGCGCUGUUAUGAAAAAUCCAAUAAUAAACAGGUCGGUUGUGAAAUUGGUUCUCAAAAAGCUAGGAAAAGAAUUAAAAGAUCUGUGCUCUCUGAAAAACCCUUCAAUUCUCAGGAAAAGCGCUAAAGCCGACAUAUUGAACUUUUGUUUGGAGAAAGUGUGUAUUGAGUUGAAAGAACGCACUCCACUAUUUUACGGAGUUUUGAUGACCUGUGCGAAUGCUAAAAAGGAAACUACAUGGCUUCCUAGCAUAGUCGUGGCCGCAUCUGUGUUGUUAAAGCAGAGAAAUACACAUAUGAAUACCUUUGCAACUGUUGUCAGUUUGACUGUUAAGAACAGAUCUACAGAA